AUGAUGAAAUACUUCAGAGACCAAGGCUUCCGAUGGAUGGCCAAACCGUCCCAGUUUCCAGACUAUCACCCGCACAUCGAAGGUGCGGUCCACCAUGGUCGCACCCUGGACCCCGCGGUUUUUGAUGCGGCAAGCCUAGGUCACUACCAGAAAUACCUUCCAAAACCAGAUGGCGCACCCGUGAUCCCCCGAUUCGAGGACUUUCGAGUCUUGACAAGUUUCGGCUCUUCCAAAGGGAAUGUCGAGGCCUGUGUCGAUGGGUCGAUCGCUGAUCGCUCAGCUCCUCAAGGAGCAAGGGUUCAACGCAGAGGCAGUGACGAAUCUGUCGACAUCCACGCAUCGCUGGGUGUGAUCUUAACCACAGGAGGUUUCUCUCAGAACCAGGAGAUGAGGGAUGCAUACCUAGCGGGAACAGCCACGAGCGAAACAACUUCAGGUAUGCCGACCAAGGCGGAAUGGAGCCUUGCAUCUGACGGAGACGCCGGUAUCGCGCUGCGAGCCGGCCAAAGGAUCGGUGCUGGUAGUGCACAGCUCGGUCAAGUCUGGGGCAUCCCCACCAUGAUCGAUCCUAGGACAGGGAAAGUGACGGAGGCCAUGUUUGCCAUAUCCAAGCCGUUCUCUAUAGUAGUCGAUGGCUGUGGCCGCCGCUUCUUCUCCGAGUCCCAGCCCUACGGUGAGGCCGUUAGGUCCAUGUAUGAGAGAGCGAAUGAGGACGAGAAGCGGCCACCUUCUGGCUUGUGUUUGACCGGAGAUACAGAAGAAGAUAUCCCAUUGGGAGCCUCAAGAGCGCCUGGCAGACUGACCAGGCUGUCGAACAAGGCUUGCUCUUGCGCUCGGACACUAUUGACGGCCUAG